AUUCCUACACACAGAACAGAGCUAAGAUAGAAAGACAACCAUUUCUCUUGAAGGCGGGAAAAGGAAUCGGCAAAGAAAAUUUAAUGCAGAUGACUUCGAAAGAUUCUAGGGCAAAAAUUCCCAAUUCUGCCAGUAUAAUUAUUGAGAACUGUCGCCGCUGCACAUUUCGAAACCAUCAAAACCAAAGCGCAAGUUCAGAUUUCAGAAGAAGGAAAACCGAAUUAAGUAAAAUUUCCGGUGUUGGAUAUCUGAAUACUACACAGAAAUGGCGGUUGAAGCAUCCCUAGGUAAUUCUGUGGCGUCUCCGUCGGCAGAGAACGUUAAAUCAACCGGAAAAUCGGAUGCCGGUAGCCAAGUUAGUAAUUCUGGUGACGGGGUAUAUUGCCAUCAGUGUCGUCAAAAAACCAGGGCUCCCGCAGCAGCAUGCAAGAAUCUUAUGAAGAAGAAACCCUGUUUAGUAAAGAUAUGUGGCAAAUGCCUAUGGAACAGGUACGGUGAAGUGGUGGAGGAAGUAGCUAGUUUGGAGGAAUGUAAGUGCCCGAAAUGCAAGGGCGCUUGUAACUGCAGUGUGUGCUUGAAGAGAAGAGGCCUUCAACCCAUGGGUGUACUUACCAAUGCAGCAAAAGCGACUGGAUUCUCUUCCGUCACCGAGAUGCCAACUGCUGAGGGUUCAGAUAAUGGAACGGUUGGUAAUGCCAUGAAUGGGUCUCUGGAAAAUGAUGCAGAUGAUAAUACCUCUUCAAAGAGAAUGAAACUCUCUAAAUUGUCUGAAACCAGCCAGACUAUUCCUAACGAUAUUGUGCUGCCAGUCGGAACAGACUCGAGCAGUGUGGAUGGCAUUGAUGUACCUGCAGAAGAUGUUAGAAAUGCUUUGGAGUUUCUAGAAUUUUGUUAUGUUUUUGGAGAGAUCCUAAAAUUGAAAGAUGGGGAAGCAUUAUGUGUCCUUCGAGAUAUAUUUCAUGGGCGAACUGCAAAGCAAGGCAGAUCAUGUCCGGUUGUCCUGUUUCAUGUACACCUGCUAUCAAUAAUUAAAGAGGAAGAGGGAGAGAAGAUUGCGAAGCCGAAUCCGAGCUCGUGGUUCAGUGUGCUAAAGAAAUGCUUUGCUGAAUCUGAACGUGUUCUUAAAAUGUUGGGGAUGCAUUAUUUAGAGAAGGCUUCCGACUAUGAUGCUUUAAAUGCUUCAGAAAUGCUUAGGGUCUUAAAUCUCCUAUGCAUUCAUGCUCUUGGCACAAAAAAGCUAAGAAAUUGGAUAAAACACCAAAAAAUACAAUUUGACCAGAAGGCAGAAGAAGCUAAACUUAACGUUUUUGAAGCAAGAGGCGAGAAAAUAAAAGAGGACACUGCCAAAGCUAAUGACGCUAGGGUUGGGGAGGAAGAAGCAAUUGUUUCUCUUAAUAGAUCUGCUGCAGAGCAAGCUCAUGGAAAGCUGCUCGAGUCAGAGGCAAUGCUUUUGAAGCUUCAUCAGACAGCUGAUGCUACAAGAGUAGAGCCCAUCUUCACGGAGUGCAGUGGUCAAUUGUAUUGGAAAUAUAAAUGUGGUGAUGAAUCUGAUGUACUGCAUCAAGAUGUUGGGAAAGAGGAUACUCUUACCUUAAAUGAAAAAUGGUUUGCUCUCGGUGCUGAAGAAAAAUAAGAAAUUGUAAAGAAUAUUACUACAAGAUCAUUCCUACAAACAGAACAGCAAAGCUCUUGAAGGCGGGAAAAGGAAUCAGCAAAGAAAAUUUAAUGCAGAUGACUUCGAAAGAUUCUAGGGCAAAAUUUCCCAAUUCUUCCAAUAUAAGUAUUGAGAACUGUCGCCGCUGCACAUUACGAAACCAUCAAAACCACAGCGCCGGCAAGUUCAGAUUCAGAAUGAAGGAAAAUUUCCGGUGUUGGAUAUCUGAAUACUACACAGAAAUGGCGGUUGAAGCAUCCCUAGGUAGUUCUGUGGCUUCUCCGUCUGCAGAGAACGUUAAAUCAACCGGAAAAUCAGCUGCCGGUACCCAAGUUAGUAAUUCUGGUGACGGGGUAUAUUGCCAUCAGUGUCGUCAAAAAACCAGGGCUCCCACCGCAGCAUGCAAGAAUCUUACGAAGAAGAAACCCUGUUCAGUAAAGAUAUGUCGCAGAUGCCUAUGGAACAG